UUAAUUUAUUUAUUUCUGUAUUUCCGUGUCCUUAUAUGCAAAUGAGCUGUGGCGGUUCAAACCUCAUUGUUAAACACUAUUGGUGAAGUAUUGGAGCAAGACAGAAGCAAUCGAUCGCUAGCACAUGGCCCCUGUAGACCAAGUCAUAAAGCUGUCUAGGCUUGCAGCACUCAUGGCUUCGACCCGGCGGCCGCUGGCAGACCUGCUGCGGGAUGCGGCUGAGCAGCUUGAGAACUCACCAAGAAUCGCAAACAACCCAAGUUCCCCUCCAGGGCCACAUAACAUAACACCCAGGCACCCAGUGGAUGCCGAGGUUUCAAGACUGUUUGGUCGGUACAAUGGAGGAAGGACGACAACAAGGAGGCGAACUGUUGCUGCUCCUGCACAAGUUCAUUCGUACACUCACUCUUUCUGUUGUAUUAAGAAUAAAAAUGCAUCCAUAGUCCCCAACCGAUACGCUAAAGAUAGACUUGCUGCUGCAGGACUAGGAGAAAAACGUCUUACAUUCCAAGGUAUAUCAGGCAUCAUGAUUGACAGACGUAUCUUUCAUGAAUUAAGUAACCUUUCAGAAACAUUCAAUGUUAUUAUAUUUCAAGUUUGAUCGGUUGAUUGUAUUAUUAUUAUCUUCUAUUUUCAGGUACUCCUACUAAUCCAGAUGACUUUAGAGAAUUUGUUGAUCUGAAUUUGUUGAUCUGCUGUGAUCAUGUAGGUUUUUUACAGGAUCACCCUGAUUGCUAUUUCCUUACUAAUUCGGUAUGAACGUUUGAAUAUCUGUCCUUUACAUUCUGCCCUUUUGAUGUUCUUUCACUUUUUCUCUUUUAAUUGAAGUACCAGGAGGAGCUCUUCUUUUCGAGGGGGAACAAGAUCAUCUUAUUCCCUCCACUUCACAUUGCCUUUUGGAGAGUAAUUUCUUUGUUGUUGCUGGCCGAAUGAUUGGUCAGUCAUUCCUCCAUAAUGGGCCAUGCCUUGGAGGACUCAGCCCAGCUAUCCUGCAUGUGCUCUUCGGUGGAUCCCCGGAAGAAGCCAUGGGAUUGUGCUGACCUUGUUAUCCGUGAGACAAUCACAGUGGUACAAAACAUUUUUUCAGUAAGAUUUUAAUGGUACAAAUUUGGGGCAAGGACAAUAAAAGUAAUACCUCAUGUCAGAUAUUUCUCAGCGGGGUGCUGAAGCAAUAUUUAAACCAUAAACGUAAGUACAUUUCUUUAAAACAUGCAAUUAUAGUGACUGAUGUCAUCAUGUAAAAUGUGUUUUUAGAAAAAAGGUUCCCCACAUGUUGUUACAAAGUGUUAAGAAUUAUAUUAUUUGGCAUGUGUUUUUGAGACCUGUGUUAUCAACCGCGUGAUGGAAGGUUAUUGACAAAUUUUCCUAUCCCUAUUUGUUGUAUCAACUCUGAAUGUAAUGCAAGUCUUGAGAAAUCAGGAAUUUUAAUCUAUUCCAAUUCUAAUUGUCAUUAUUAGCUGAAGGGUACAGAAGAAUUGUAAUCAGAAGAAAAGGUCAUCAUUAAUGAGUUGGCUGUGUCCUGGGAUUUGCCUCAAGUCACAUCUGAGAACAGAAGAUGGCUCCUGGACAAACUGAUCCUCCACGCUGUCCUUGGAAGAACCUCAAGACAAGUUAAACAGUUACGAAGAGGGUUAAAAGAGACACUGAUCUGGCAUUUGUAAACUGAGAGGAAAGACACAAUUCCCCUCCUCUUUCCAAGAGCAUCUGCUUUACAGUGCACACCACAGUUUAAUCAAUCCUGCUGUUCAUGGAGACGCCACAGUUGCAGCGAGCACUGGUUUCCCUCGGUGCGCAGUCUGUGGCAGUUCCAGCCAUCCCGGAAAAACUGACGGUGUUUCUGUACGUGGGGUACAAAGCACCAGUGCAGAGCAUAGAGAUGGAUUUCAUCAUCAGGAUUGAGAAGGCCUUCUCUCUCAAGACUUUGUUCGUUUACUAUGAGCUCCCUAUCGGCCCAGCUUCCUGCAUUAAUAAGCACAGCAUGCAGGACACUACCUGGAGAUGGAAAUCAGGUACAACCAAAAGCCCCACUCCUGCAGAUUCUGCGUGUUGCCGGAGCACAGGAAGAAGUCUUCACACUCAAAGAGGUGAUGCACUACUUGGGUCAGUACAUCAUGGGGAAGCAACUGUACGACAAGCAAAGGCAGCACAUAGUCCACUGCCAGGAUGACCCUUUGGGAGAACUGCUGGAGGUGGAGAGCUUCUCUGUCAAAAACCCAAGCCCGGUGUAUGAAAUGCUCAAGAAAUACUUAGUUGUGCUUGGUUGUUCUGACGCUGCAGAGAAUCUUUCUGUGGGCCAUGAUUGUGUAGAGGGCGGAGUGGAGGAUCGUGGUCAGGUGUGUGGAGUUGUGGUCAAAGCAGGGCUUGAGGCUUGCAGUGAUGGGCCUCUCCUGCAAACCCCUUCCCAGCGACGACCUCGGGAGCCAGAUGAUGACUUCCUUGAAGGCCUGCCACGGUCAGCCUGCAAACGGCCCAAACUGGAUGUUUCUUUGGACGAGUGGGACCUCUCUGGCCUGCCCUGGUGGUUUCUGGGUAAUCUCCGUAGUAACUAUAGCCGCAGGAGCAAUGGCUCUACUGACAUCCACACAAACCAACUGUCUCCUGCACAGGAGGAGGACACGGCCAUUGUGUCGGACACCACCGAUGACCUCUGGUUCCUGACCGAGGGCGGGAGUGAACAGGUGAGCGUGGAGAUGAAGGAGGCCGCACUUGAGGAAGGGAGCAUAGGAGAAGGGGAGGCUCUACCUGAGGACUAUGAUGAAGGAGGAAAGAAGGAGAAAGCAGAUCGUGAGAUGCAGGAAGAGCCAAACGAAGACUUGCAGUGCCUAAGCGAUGACACUGAUACAGAGAUCUCCACACAGGAUGCGUGGCAGUGUACUGAGUGCAGAAAGUAUAACACACCUCUCCAGAGGUACUGUGUUCGCUGCUGGGCUCUACGUAAGAACUGGUACAAAGAUGUCCCCCGGCUCGCCCAUUCCCUUUCUGUUCCAGACAUUUCAGCAUGCAGUUCUCUCACCAUCAAUGAUGAGGAAGAUGACAGUGACACAGGCAUUGACAUUCCAGACUGCAGCAGGACAGUUUCUGACCCUGUCAUCCUGCCCUCCCACUCCACAACUGACCGACCAUUGCCCACUAUGGCCACAGGGAAAGGCAAGGGGCCAUGGCUCUCCAGCUUUCACAAGGAUGAGCAGCUCUCAGGAGGGAAGAGUCAGGGAAAUCUGAGCAUGGAGAUUGAAGAGGUUAAGCCUGAGGCACUUUUGGAGCCUUGCAAGCUGUGUCGAGUGCGGCCACGCAACGGAAAUAUAAUUCACGGACGUACGGCUCACCUUAUAACCUGUUUCCCAUGUGCAAGAAAGCUACACAAAUUCCAUGCUCCUUGUCCAGGAUGUGGGAAGAUCAUUCAAAAAGUUAUUAAGAUAUUCAUCCUCUAAAUGGAACAUACACGCACAUUUGUCGAGCUCUGGGAAACUCAACAAAAAAACCACAUUUGACCACACAGAUGCACGCACUCUGGAUCACACUCUCUGCUCGUAGAUACAAUCAAAAUGUCUACCAUACCCUUAAAACCUAUAAUGGUAUACACCAAAUAUAGAACUUGGUGAAGCUUGCUCUUGUUUGCAUGGUGUAUUCUGCAUCACACUGCCACAUUUUUGGAUGUAAGCUUGAACACAAGAGUUUGUCCUACCGAAUUGGUGCCAGGUUUAAUUAAGGGACAUAUAAAGGCAGACAUAUAUAUUUACUUAUUAAUUAGAAUAUCACCCGAGAGUGCAUGUUUGUGUGAGUUAUUUUAUUUAAUUUGAUUCUCGUGUGUGUGUGUGUAUAUGUGUAUAUAUAUAUAUACAUAUGUA